AUCAAGCGUAAUCUUGACAGUGAUCAACAGACGCCGUGGUGAACACACGAUGACUUCUCUGGGGAAAUUGACUCAAAACUUGACCCAUGUCUUGAAAAACUUAAAUACGACUUCAUGUAUUUCUGCUACAGGUUUAUCCAACCAACAGAAGAGAUGGACUGGAAAUUUAUCUCGUCCAGAAAUUGCCCAGGCUGAUAACAUGAUGGCCGUUGGGAACAGAAGAAUAUUUUCGGAAGAACAUGACAUGUUCAGAGAAAAUGUCAGACGAUUUUUUCAGGAAGAAGUGCUUCCUCAUCACUCAAAAUGGGAAAAAGAAGGACAACUCAGCAGAGAGGUUUGGGAGAAAGCUGGAGCAAAUGGAUUACUAGGAGUGAACACACCUGAAAAGUUUGGUGGUGUUGGUGGAGAUCUUCUGUCAACAGCAAUCACAUGGGAGGAACAGAUGUAUGUAAAUUGUUCAGGACCUGGUUUUACACUUCAUUCUGAUAUUGUUAUGCCCUAUAUAACGCAUUACGGAACACCAGAACAAGUAGAAAAGUUCAUACCCAGAAUGGUAGCUGGAACAUGUAUCGGUGCCAUAGCUAUGUCAGAGCCAGGUGCAGGAAGUGAUCUUCAAGGUAUCAGGACAAAUGCUAAGCAGGAUGGUGAUGAUUGGAUACUAAAUGGCAGUAAAGUAUUUAUAACUAAUGGUUGGAUGGCAGAUGUGGUUAUAGUUGUAGCUAUCACUAAUCCCACAGCCAAAUCUGCUGCACACGGAAUCAGUCUGUUUUUGGUCGAGGAAGGCAUGAAAGGAUUUGUUAAAGGAAGAAAGCUGGAGAAGAUUGGUUUUAAAGCUCAGGACACUGCUGAGUUAUUUUUUGAAGAUAUCCGAUUACCAAAAUCAGCCUUACUUGGAGAAGCAAACAAAGGCUUCUACUACCUCAUGCAAGAAUUACCUCAGGAAAGACUUCUUAUUGGUGCUAUGGGACUGGCUUCGUGUGAAUUUAUGUUUGAAGAAACAAGAAAUUAUGUCAAAACAAGGAAGGCUUUUGGUAAAACAUUGAGUCACUUACAGACCAUGCAACAUAAACUAGCAGAGUUGAAGACAGAGAUCAGUGUAGGAAGAGCCUUUAUGGACAAUUGUUUAGAGAUACAUAAUGAAAAAGGACUGGAUAAUGUCAUGGCUUCAAUGGCUAAAUAUUGGGCAUCUGAUUUACAAAAUAGUGUGGCAACAAGAUGUCUGCAGAUGCAUGGAGGCUGGGGCUAUAUGUGGGAGUAUCCUAUAGCAAGGGCCUUUGUUGAUGCAAGAGUUCAACCAAUCUAUGGUGGUAGUAAUGAAAUUAUGAAAGAACUUAUAGCUAGAAGUAUUGUUAGUAACUGAAGACAAAGAAUUUGAAGUGUUGUGACAAUCUUUAGGUCAAUGACUUGCCAGGAUAAUUCAUUACGAUGAUCUGCUACAUACACUAUUUCUAAACUUCCAUAACAUAUAUCCUUCGUACCAAUUAAUUAAAGAAAACUUUGAAGUAAAGAAUAGUGUAUUUGAUUUGAAAUAGACAUAAUUUUUGAUUUUAUAGAAAAAUACAAUUGAUUUUGAUAUAUAAGUUAUUGGUAUUCAGUAUAUUAUACUGUUGAUGGAUUGUAUGUUCUAUGCCUACUAGUUUUGAUAAAGAGGUUAUGGCUACAAUACCAGUAAAUUUAAUAAAAAAAAAAACUAGACAUAUUUAACUAUUGAAUGACAAACUUUACACCUAACUAGCUUAUAAGAUAUUAGUGUUGAAACCUUGACAAGAUAUGUAUAUAAGCCAAAACACCUGUAAAUUUUAAUCAAGAAAGACACUUGGAAAACAUAUUUAUGGCUUUUUGUUUAAAACUUUUUUUCAUACCGAAAUUGCAUGCUAAAUAUAAAAAUUUCCUCUAUAAAUAAGUACCAUAUUUAUAAAGAUUUAUUAUUUGUCACCAUAUGAUAUAAUUAAGAUAAUUCAACCAAUAGACUCAAUACUGUGUGUACUAAGUAAUUUUAUAUGAUGGGAACAGUGUACUUGAUUACUGAUACUUAUUAUCAGAGUUAUUAGUUUAUUUAUCCUAGAAAAUUGUUACAAAUUAAUGUUUAUAUAUCAGCAUUCUGUGAUAGUCAUCGUCUAUUUUCUACAUGCAUUUUACUUCACUUCGUAAUAUUUAUAUAGUGAUUAAAAGUCAGACUCGUAAUAUUUAACCUUGUUAUAAAAAUUGCAGUGUUUGUUGAACAAUUGUAUUUUGAGAAGAAGAAGAUAAUUUAUGUAAACUGUGUAACUAUUCUUAAAAAGAAGAUACAGAAAAUUA